CACACACACACACACACACACACACACACACACGCACACGCACACGCACACACACACACACGCGCACACACACACACACACACACACACACACACACACACACACACACACACACACACACACACACACACACACAAACAAACACACGCGCACACGCACGCGCACACACACACGCACACACAAACACACGCGCACACGCACACGCACACACAAGCACACACACACACACGCACACGCACACACACUAGCACUGUAGAAUAAUACAUGGGAAACUGUGUCUGGUAAUUUCCAGAACCAAGCAUUUAUUAAUUUUGUUUGUAGGUUUAAAAAAUGUAUUUUCCUGAAUGCAGCUUUUAAAAAAAGCUUCUCUCUCUUGACCAAAAUUGAGACAAUGUCACUCUAUCAGGGAUGGGAAACUGUAAUGGGGGGCCACAAAGAAAUCGGAACUCAUUAUGAGGGGCCGUAAUGGUUCAUGGGCCUGCAUACCCACAUCCAUACCCACACAUGCAAUCAGAGCCAGCCCUCUCCUUUUGGGGGCCCUAAGUGAAAUUUUGAUGACCCCCCCCCUCUUAGCGGCACCCUUCUUUGACAAUGGAGAGAGAGAAUGUAUGUUUUAGUUUAUUUCCUGUAAUUCUAUACAUUUUGCAGUUUUAAAGCAAGUUUGCUGCAAUUCUACACAUUUUGCCAUGGGGCAGAGAGAACAUGUUUCAGUUUUACAACUAAUUCCCUGCAAUUCUACACAUUUUGCCAUAGGGUGGAGAUAAAUGUCUGCAGUUUUUAAUAUGAUAUCUGAGUGAGAGUAAUUAACCAAAUCAACGGAGGCCCCCCUGGUCAGUAAUUCGACCAUGAUUACUACAAAUUUAGAUAGCUGGCUAGACUAAUUUACCAAUCGACAUUUAUUUUUUUAGCUGACUGGGUUAAUUGAGUGGCUGUCAGUGACUUACAUAACUGCUGAUGCACAACCAACAUUUAGAAAUGACACCUUGGUGCAUUCUACAAUUCUACCUAGUAACAGUAAAUUGAGACCCCGACUGAGUUCCCUGGAGGGGGUUCUAUAUGAUGUCACUCUUAUGUCUUGUGUGUCUGCAAACGAACAAAAGAAGAAUCACAAAAUGCAUCUAACUGUAGAUAUCAAAAUUGUUUCUCUUUUUAAUACAUGUUCUAAGAAAAUAACAUAUUGUUGAAGUGAAUGGUUGUAUAAAAAAAAAAGCUCAAGCUCUUACAUUUUCCAUAAAGUGAAGAAGAGAAAUCUCCGUCCACACAUUUUAAGAGACCCUCCUCUUGUUUGCAGAAAAAAAAUGUAGCUGUUUGUAAAAGCUAAUUUCCACACAAUGCUACGGAUUUUGCCAUACCGUGUUCUUGUGCUAUCUGGGCAAACAUAACCAAAUCAAUGGGGGCCCCCAUACCAAGACAUCUUGGGAAUUUUAAAAUCUCCUGUUUUCUUUUGGAGUGGCGGCAAGUGAAUGGGGAAAAAAGGGGAACACUGCUAAUGUGUGUUUACACAGGCAGCCUCAUUCUGAUCUUUUUUUUUUUACACAUAUUGGUCUUUUGACCAAUCAGAUCAGGUAUUUUGCCAAUAAUUGGUCUUUUGACCAAUCAGAUCAGGUAUUUUGCCAAUAAUUGGUCUUUUGACCAAUCAGAUCAGGUAUUUUGCCAAUAAUUGGUCUUUUGACCAAUCAGAUCAGGUAUUUUGCCAAUAAUUGGUCAAAAGAUCAGAAUUGGGCUGCCUGUGUAAACUAAGUAGUCUCAGGAAGGAUUUGUAUGUUUCUUAUUUUUUUUAUUUUUUUUACUAUAGUCUGGUUAAGAUACGUGGCACGUUCACACAAUGUCUGAUGUGUAUUUGAAUGUACUAGUGAGUCCAGGGGUGUAUUCACUAGGAUCUAAAAGGAAGGGAACGUGUAGGGACCCACCCAUCUGAAUCUGUCCAAUAGAAACUCUUGUUUCCGUUGUAAAACCUGGUGUGUGUUACUUAAUGAAUACACCUCUGGUGGGGUUGGGGUCAAUCCAGGAAGUGGACUGAAAUUCCAAAUCAAAUUUUACUCAAAUGUGAGACAAAUGUGGAAUUGAAAUGGGAAUUGACCCCCAACCCUGACGUACGAAUGAUUUGAAAAAACUUGAUGGUCACAUUAAAUUACAUGUAAGCUGCCCACUCACUGCAUUAUAUGUACACAAUGGAUCACAAACUUCUGUGGCCAUCUUUGUCUUUGAAAUGUACAGAAAUACAUGACAAGCUUUCAAAUCAUAACGUUCAUCAGUUUUGUCAGUGGAAGAAAGCAGUAACUUGUGUAUAAGGGCAUGGUGUUGCUUUUGGUAUGUGGUCACUGAAGACCGAAGAAGCAAUGUGAAGAAUGCUGUAGGUAUAUGGAAUACUGCAUCCUGAUUACUAAACUAAACACAUCUGUUCUGAUUCGGAAUGGUUGAUAUGAUUCUGCUUCUAUUAAACACAUCUGUUCUGAUUCGGAAUGGCUGAUAUGAUUCUGGUUCUAGAAAACACAACUGUUCUGAUUCGGAAUGGCUGAUAUGAUUCUGGUUCUAGAAAACAACUGUUCUGAUUCGGAAUGGCUGAUAUGAUUCUGGUUCUAGAAAACAACUGUUCUGAUUCUGAAUGGCUGAUAUGAUUCUGGUUCUAGAAAACAACUGUUCUGAAUCGGAAUGGCUGAUAUGAUUCUGAUUCUAGAAAACAACUGUUCUGAUUCGGAAUGGCUGAUAUGAUUCUGGUUCUAGAAAACAACUGUUCUGAUUCUGAAUGGCUGAUAUGAUUCUGGUUCUAGAAAACAACUGUUCUGAAUCGGAAUGGCUGAUAUGAUUCUGAUUCUAGAAAACAACUGUUCUGAUUCUGAAUGGCUGAUAUGAUUCUGGUUCUAGAAAACAACUGUUCUGAUUCUGAAUGGCUGAUAUGAUUCUGGUUCUAGAAAACAACUGUUCUGAUUCGGAAUGGCUGAUAUGAUUCUGGUUCUAGAAAACAACUGUUCUGAUUCGGAAUGGCUGAUAUGAUUCUGAUUCGGAAUGGCUGAUAUGAUUCUGAUUCGGAAUGGCUGAUAUGAUUCUGAUUCGGAAUGGCUGAUAUGAUUCUGAUUCGGAAUGGCUGAUAUGAUUCUGAUUCGGAAUGGCUGAUAUGAUUCUGUUAAACCCUGAUGAUGAAAGAACAGUGUAGCACAGACAUGAUUUCUCUUCACCUGUUUGUUUACUCAGCAACUUAAUUUUAAUCAUAUUUAUUCCAGUGCAUGUUAUGGGUUUAAGAUCAAAGUUGAACAUUUUGGAAAUGUAUGUUUAAUUGAAUUGUGGACAAACUCUUGUGUAUCACAACAUUUUGUUUUGUUCUACCAACUAAUCGGAACAUCUCUGAAAUACUAAUUUCAUUUUAAGUGACCCUUUAUUUCUGGAUUCUGACUAAUAACAUUAUAGAUAUUGUUCGACUUUCAAGUGAGACAUGGCAUUGGUAGCCCGAGCUACACACAGUCUCGUCCAGGGGCCAAAGAUGUCUUUCCUGUUCUCCUUUCAACAGGAAAAAUGUAGUGUUUCAUUUUGACAAGUUGUGGAAGUAGGCAGAACACACACACACACACGGACCCCGUUGACUGGAUAGAAAAUAUGUCUCAUGCCGAGUGUGGCAGCACACGAUUUGCGGAAGUGAGGUGCCCCACUUCUGUAGCAGAGGAGCGAGCAGCACGAUGAGACGCCAGUAGCCUCCCGCCGUAGCAUGGCCGCGUCACGUUCCUCGCGCGUCACAAGGUCAUCGGUCGGGCUCAAUGGAUUGGACGAGAACUUCUGUGGCCGAACCCUCAGGAAUCGCAGUAUCGCCCAGCCGGAGGAGUGUCAGGGGUCACCUCUCCCCGGCAGCAGGGCCCCACGCUCUCCCAAGAAGAGACAAGAUGACCAGGCCGGGGCCUCAGAGAAGCCUGGGGGUCACCAGGGAAAGGUAGCCCACCACAAGGCCACCUCAGUGGAUGGGGAGACAUGGGCAAGCCCCAGGAAGAGGGUCCUGUCCUGCUCAGAGAGAGAGGGGGUUGGGGGUUCGGAGAAGGCUGAGAACUGUGAAGGGAGGGGGAAGGAGACGUCAGGUGCUGUGGGGAGGGAUGCCUCGCCGCUCCUCAAAAGGGCCAAACGGUGCUUCCGCUCUGGGGAGUCGCAUGGAUCCAAGGAUGACCUCCCGUCUGCUCCCCCCAUGCCCGUCAUCCCCUGCGCCCCCUUAACGACUGUCAAGGAGAACAGUGAAGGGGGUGACCUGCUCAGACAAAACUCCACCGCAGCCUCACCUUCCUCUUCUUCACCUGACCUCAACAAGGAGGAAGGAGAGGAGGAGGAGGAGGAUGACGGCCAUGUUCAGCAGCUCCCGAACUCCAACUCCCAUAAGUCCUGUAUCGGGCUGGGGCAGACCAGCAGUAGCCCUGAUGCUCAGACAAACUCCCUGUGUCUCAGCGCUGCCUCCAACACCACCUGUCCAGGUCCCGGUCCAGCACUGCUCAACGGCAGCCAGAGGGGGGCGCCCUGCCCUUCGCCCCCAGACCCCAUAGUGCCUUGUAGAAACUAUGAUCCUGGGCAGCAGGAAGGGGGUAAAGACUCUGAUCCUGGGCAGGAGGAGGGGGGUAAAGACACUGAUCCUGGGCAGGAGGAAGGGGGUAAAGACACUGAUCCUGGGCAGGAGGAGGGGGGUAAAGGCUCUGAUCCUGGGCAGGAGGAAGGGGGUAAAGACUCUGAUCCUGGGCAGGAGGAGGGGGGUAAAGACUCUGAUCCUGGGCAGGAGGAAGAGUGUAAAGGCUCUGAUCCUGGUCAGGAGGAAGGGGGUAAAGACUCUGAUCCUGGGCAGGAGGAAGGUGGUAAAGACUCUGAUCCUGGGCAGGAGGAAGGUAAAGACUCUGAUCCUGGGCAGGAGGAAGGGGGUAAAGACUCUGAUCCUGGGCAGGAGGAGGGGGGUAAAGACUCUGAUCCUGGGCAGGAGGAGGGUAAAGACUCUGAUCCUGGGCAGGAGGAGGGGGGUAAAGACUCUGAUCCUGGGCAGGAAGAAGGGGGUAAAGACUCUGAUCCUGGGCAGGAGGAGGAGGGUAAAGACUCUGAUCCUGGGCAGGAGGAGGGUAAAGACUCUGAUCCUGGGCAGGAGGAGGGGGGUAAAGACUCUGAUCCUGGGCAGGAGGAAGGGGGUAAAGACUCUGAUCCUGGGCAGGAGGAGGGGGGUAAAGACUCUGAUCCUGGGCAGGAGGAAGGGGGUAAAGACUCUGAUCCUGGGCAGGAGGAGGGGGGUAAAGACUCUGAUCCUGGGCAGGAGGAAGAGUGUAAAGACUCUGAUCCUGGGCAGGAGGAAGAGUGUAAAGACUCUGAUCCUGGGCAGGAGGAAGAGGGUGAAGUCUCUGAUCCUGGGCAGGAGGAGGAGGGUAAAGACUCUGAUCCUGGGCAGGAGGAAGGGGGUAAAGACUCUGAUCCUGGGCAGGAGGAAGGGGGUAAAGACUCUGAUCCUGGGCAGGGGGAAGAGUGUAAAGACUCAGGGGAGUGUCCUGCUCCUCUUCUGGCCUCCUUUGAGGAGGACUCCUCUACUCCCCACCUGUCUGUCAGAGAGGAGGAGGUGGAUGUGGUGGGGUACUCAGUGUGUCGGGAGGAAGUGGUGACAGCGACCGAGGAGGAGGUGGAAGUGACACCGACUGAGGAGGAGGAGGAGAGUUGCGGCGGGGGAAUUAACGGAUGGUCGUUCACGCCGCUGGUGGUCCAGAACACUGUUGCCACCAGCAUCAUCAUCAACAACAAUAUCAUCAACAACAACAACGUCAACAACAAUAACUCAGGAGAAUUCACGAUGCCACUGCUAGCCCCCCCAACACGCUCAGACCCACCCUGCACCCCCUCUAUCUCCAGCACCUCGCCCCCCUCCUUCACAGAGCCCCACGAACACAGGUACACCCUGAGGACUUCGCCCCGUAGGGCGGCCUGCGGCGGGGGCAAGGCUGUGGCCCCCUGCUCCUCUCCCAGGGACCCUCUGAGGGAGGGGGUGGAGGCGGGGAGAGAGCUGGUCGCUACUCCUACCCUCUCCUCAUGCUCCAGUAUCCAGGCUAGGGAGGGGUCUCUCCUGUCUCCCCUGUCUGUCCCCAUGGAACAGGGGAACGGCUGGGCCAGAAGGGACAGCGUAGAAUGGGACAGUACGGGCCAUGGGGAGCUCUGUGAGACCAGUGGAGGCCUAGAGGAGGUUCCAGGAGGUCAACAGGAGGACGACCCAGAUGUGUAUUACUUUGAGUCAGAUCACCUGACCCUCAAACAUAACAAAGAUUACCAGAGGUUACUCCAGACUGUAGGUGUGUUGGAGGCCCAGAGAACUCAGAGUAUACGGGACUUGGAGCGUCUGGCCAGACAGCAGAGAGAAGCUCUCCGAGACCCCGUCAGCUUUGUGGAGCAGCUGCAGAAACAGGUGGAGUUGGACCUGCCGCGUCCCCAGAGAGUGGUUCAGCUGCCAGACGUCUCAUGGGACCAGUACACGUCAGGACUGGGAGACUUCGAGAGGGAGUUCUGUGACAAGAAACGCACAACCAGGAGGCUCAAACUCAUAUUCGAUAAGGUUAGGUCACCAGAUGGACCAAAAAGCCCUCUGGAUCCCAAGAAGGAGGAGGGUGAACCAUCAACCCUGUACUCUGCUCUGCCCUCUAGUGGCGAUCUUGAGAACAGCAACAACUCACAGAGGAUCCGAGGGCGGCUGUGUUACCAGAGUAAACCUGACUCCUUCAACCAGCUGUGGACCGUGGAGGAACAGAAACAGUUGGAGCAUCUGCUGCUGAAGUUCUCUCCUGAGGAGGUGGAGUCUAAACGCUGGCAGAAGAUAGCUGACGCCCUGGGCAACAGGACCGCUAAACAGGUGGCCAGCCGUGUUCAGAAGUACUUCAUCAAACUGACUAAAGCAGGAAUCUCUGUUCCUGGGAGGACCCCUAACAUGUGCAUCUACAGCAAGAAGGUGUCCAAUAAGAGGCAGCACCACCUGAACAAGCACCUGUACCGACCGUCUACCUUCCUGACCUCAUAUGAGCCUCCCGUCUUUAUGGAAGAAGAGGAUGAGAGAGCGGCCUACUACAGCUCCCUGCAGGACCCCGAUGGGGACGACACGGAUGAGGAGGGUGUACCUGUGGAGUUGAGACACCUGCCGGAGUACAAGGAGCUUCUGGAGCUGAAGAGAAUGAAGAAACACAAACUGCAGGAGAUCCAGGCUGAGAGUAGCAUGGCCCUGCACCAUGGAUACAAGUGUGACGUGUGUGGUGUGGAGCCCAUCCAGGGCAUGCGGUGGCAUUGUCAGGACUGUCCCUCAGACAACGCUGUGGACUUCUGUUCCAACUGCUCCGACUGCCUGUACAAGACAGAGAGCCACCUGCCCAGCCACCAUCUGGAGCCUGUCCAUCACCAUGAGACCUUCCUAGACAGGGACUACUGUCUGACUCAGACCCCUGGAUAUAACUACCUGGAUCCCAACUACUACCCUGCUAACAGAUAACAGCAUGGGCCCUAAUCUCAGCCCUGGGCCACAGCUACAGACUCAGAGCCUCCUGGUCCAGCAUCUGGGGCCACAGCUACAGACUCCGAGCCUCCUGGUCCAGCAUCUGGGGCCACAGCUACAGACUCCUAGCCUCCUGAUCCAGCAUCUGGGCCACAGCUACAGACUCCUAGCCUCCUGAUCCAGCAUCUGGGCCACAGCUACAGACUCCUAGCCUCCUGGGCCACAGCUACAGACCCCUAGCCUCCUGGGCCAGCACCUGGGCCACACCUCACCCCACUAGCCCAGCAGGAUGGCAGGCAUUGGGUCUCUGACGGCAGGCUGUGGUGGUGUGGGGGGGGUUUACUGUAACGACCAAACAAAGGAACAUAAUGGAAAUAUAAAAAACACUAUUUAAAAUUAAAAUUUUAAAAAACUGAAAAAGGCACACCGACAUUCCCGAGUGCCGAGACAGAAGAGGGUCCUCCCUCCUCUCCUCUCUUCUUCUCUUCUCCUCUCCUCCUCCUCUUCUUCUCCUCUCUCCUCCUUCUCUUCUUCUUCUCCACCUCCCUCCUCUUCUCCUCCCUCUUCUCCUGCUCUCCUCCCUCCUCUUCUCCUCCCUCCUCCUACUCCUCUCCUCCACCUGGUUUAGUGGGCCUACUACUAUUCAGGGUUGUGUUCACCUAACAGAAGAUAACAGACAAACGGGCAGGGACUACCUGACCUUUUUCCUUUUCUAUUGCAAAACAUUUUUUCUACGUUUUGAACUAAUGAAUAUGACCCUGACACUGGUGUGUGGUGAUGGUAGUGUGGUGGUAUCAAUGUUAUGUUGAUGAGAGGGAAUAUGUUCCUAGAUGGGUAGAUAUCUGUGUUUGAGUAGGUGGGGCCUGUUAUGGAAUAUGGGUUGUAGGAGGAGCUUGGUGCCCAUGAGAGGCAUGUCUUUGAUUCCUACCAGGUUUUUAAACCAAUCACAGGACAAGAUCUGCUGAUGUACCCCACAUGGCGGGUGUUGAACAGACCCCUGAUACACCUCCACCUCAUGUCUCCAUGGUAGCAGACCCCUGAUACACCUCCACCUCACGUCUCCAUGGUAACAGACACUGAUACACCUCACGUCUCCAUGGUAACAGACCCUGAUAUGGACUUACACCAUUUUAAUGUAGUUAAAUAAAUUAAGUUGGAGUCCAACCAGGUCAUCAGGAGGAAUCAGCCAAUCGUGAAGAAGAAAAUGUACUACUUCAAAAUGGCCCUGCUCACCUAUCAUGGCACAGAUACAAAGAUGAGUCAUCUAUCUAUCUCUAUGGGGUUCUCCAACCCUGUUCUUGGAGUCCUACUGUCUUGGGUUGGAGUUAAAACCUACAGGAGGGUAUCUCUCCAGGAACAGGGUUGGAGUUAAAACAUACAGGAGGGUAUCUCUCCAGGAACAGGGUUGGAGUUAAAACCUACAGGAUGGUCUCUCUCCAGUACCAGGGUUGGAGUUAAAACCUACAGGAGGGUCUCUCUCCAGGAACAGGGUUGGAGUUAAAACCUACAGGAUGGUCUCUCUCCAGUACCAGGGUUGGAGUUAAAACCUACAGGAGGGUAGCUCUCCAGGAACAGGGUUGGAGUUAAAACCUACAGGAGGGUAUCUCUCCAGGAACAGGGUUGGAGUUAAAACCUACAGGAUGGUCUCUCUCCAGUACCAGGGUUGGAGUUAAAACCUACAGGAGGGUCUCUCUCCAGGAACAGGGUUGGAGUUAAAACCUACAGGAGUGUACCUCUCCAGGAACAGGGUUGGAGUUAAAACCUGCAGGAGGGUCUCUCUCCAGGACCAGGGUGGGAGAGGGUAUCUCCAGGACCAGGGUUGGAGACCCCAGUUCUAGAUCCUCCCAUUAAAAUAUUGUAUUUUUAUGAACCUAUUUAAAAACAACGAGAAGAAUCGAGGAGGUGGUGACCUAGGGGUUCUCAUUCAUUCCUACUUCCUGUACGUCAAAGCUUGAUGAUGAGUUGGUCAUUUGAACCGGCUGUGUUGCGCUAGAACCCAAACCGUACACCCGGGAGGGGAGGAAGUAAGAACGAAUGAGAGCCCCUAGGUCUAGAAGGGAUACAGCUUUUAUCAAAAUGUAGUUUUCGAAGCAGGUUGGAAGAAUUAGGUUAAAUUACUUUGGACUUCAAUUUCACAAGCUGUAUCCCAUCUAGACAUGACUGUAGAUUUGGGUUGUGCUUGAUGAGUAGAUGCCAUUUUGUAUGGAUUUUGUUGUCUCGCCCCUGCUUCAAUAUCUCUGUAUAACGGUAUGUUUUUAAAUCAUGUUAAACUGCUAGAGGAGAUCAGUGGAAAUAAAAAUGUGAAAAUAUAAUUUCUA